AUGAGUGAAAUUAAAUCAGUGCAAACUUUUGGUAGAAAGAAGAACUCUACAGCUGUGGCAUACUGCACCAACGGAACUGGAUACAUCAGAGUAAACGGCAGAGCCCUCAACCUCGUUGAACCAGAGGCCCUUAGAAUCAAGGUUUACGAGCCAAUUCUCUUGGUCGGUGGUAACAAAUUCAAGGACCUCAACAUCAGAUGCAGAGUUAAGGGUGGCGGUCCAUCAACCCAAGUUCAAGCAAUCAGACAAGCUAUUGCCAAGGCUCUUCUCGCUUACUACCAAAAAUAUCACGAUGAGCAAUCAAAGAGAGAACUUAAGGACAUAUUCCUUCAAUACGACAAGACUCUCCUCGUUACUGACCCAAGAAGAUGUGAACCAAAGAAGUUCGGAGGUAACGGUGCCAGAGCAAGAUUCCAAAAAUCUUACAGAUGA